AUGAAUGGGACUUUGCCGCAGGCCAAGCGGUCUUACAGCGGCCCAGCUGGCGAGAGAGACGACACUGAUGCAGACGCAGGGCAGGAGUUGAGAAAUAGAACCAACAACGUCCACGGUGGCAACCGACCAGGAUCGAAAUGUGGAAACCAACGCGUUGCGGCACCAGAAGGACCCCUCGGGCAGGCUGGCGAGGCAGACGAACGCCUUUGCAGCUUCCAGUCCGCAGCAAUGGUGGUGCCAAACUGGCUGAGGAUAAUCUUCCUCGUACUGACAUUUGCCUCAUUCGUACCCCAGCUUCACCGACUCUGGGCCCGCCGCGAUAGCACCGGCAUCUCCCAUUACUACGUCCUGGCCAGUCUCAUCGUCGCCACCGAACUCUUCGCCAUUUCCUUCUUCCUCGUCGUUAACAACCGCUUCGAGGGUUCCGACUUUUUCGUCCACUCUCCGCCCAAUGCGGGCGACAUCAUCAACCUAGCGCAGCUCGCCCUGGUCUGGGUCCUCUGGCUGAACAUCUUCGUUACCUGCCUUGUCUACCCGUCCGGCAGCCACAUCUCCCCGCGCCCCCGCACCACUCUCUCUAUCUACAUCUCCUUCCUGCUCAUCUCCCUCGUCCCCCUUGCGGUCGACCUCCUCGCCAACGACCCGCUCGAAAAAGACCACCGCUGGCCCAUGGCCGUCUUUGGCUACGUUCACACGUCCCUGAUCAACCCUCUGAUCCCCCUCGUCGGCGUCGCCGCCCUCUACUUCCAAGCCCGCGAAAUCCUCGCCCAGCCGCCCGGCUCGGGCCCGGCCGCACUGAGCCUCAUCUCCCUGGCCGCACAGGCGGCCGUCUUCGCCCUGCUUGCCGUGGCGUGGGUCGGGCGCGUCGUCUUCCCUUGGGACACGAUCGGCGGGCCGGUGGACUGGGGCGUGGUCAAGGUCUGGUAUCAGUAUGCUGGCUUCGUGGCCGUCGACAGUUUCAUCUCCGCCGUCACCCAGGCAAUCAUUCUCUGGCUGGCGGUGCACUAUGGACUCGACGGGAAGUCUGCCGGGGAGGCGGAGCCCUUACUGGCCAACUAA